UUGUUAAAUCAUUACUUUACUCUUACAGAGAAGAGAAAAACACUCAAAAAAGUUUGGAAGAAAAAAAAAUGGAAACUUUUUCUCAUCUAUCAUCAAGAUCCAGGUCUUGUGAGAGCUUUUUUAAUGAUGGUGUUGAGCAAAUACCAGGGGAAGUAGUGGGAGAGGAAGAAGAAGAAGAAGAACAAAUGGAGGAGAUUACCAACACACCACAAAGUGGAUGGUUUAGGAAUGUUGAGGAGCCAUGGUUGAAUAGUAGAUCUCAAAAGAAGAAGAAAAAUCAAGUGUUUCUUGAAGGGUAUGUAGAAAAUUCAGAUGAAGAUGAAUUAGGGAGGACAAAGAGUUUGACUGAUGAUGAUUUAGAGGAGCUUAAAGGGUGUUUAGAUCUUGGUUUUGGUUUCAGUUAUGAUGAAAUUCCUGAGCUUUGUAAUACUUUACCAGCUCUUGAACUUUGCUAUUCUAUGAGCCAAAAGUACCUUGAUGAACAGCAAAAGUGUUCUGAUGCUAUGUCUGAUACUGGUUCUUCUGGAUCUGGUCAUGUUGCUAAUUGGAAGAUCUCUAGUCCUGGUGAUGAUCCUGAAGAUGUGAAAGCAAGGCUGAAAUACUGGGCUCAAGCUGUGGCAUGCACUGUUAAAUUAUGUAACUAAAAAGGGAAAAAUGGAAGCCAAGAAAAGCUUAAUGCAAGAUGAGAGGGGAAAUGAAAUGAUCUUUUCUUCAUAUGAAAGAGUACUUGUGCUGUGGUCUCUUUGCCUGGAUCCUGAAAAAAAAAAGGCUAUGGCCACAAGGCCAAGAAGAAGGUACCUCAUGCUUUACCUGAAGAUAGAUUCAAAAAGAAUCAUGUCCAUGAUGGGUAGGCAAAGUUUAAUCAAAAUCCCAAAGUAGAUGAAGAGGAAGGAAGAGAUGUUUCAGGGCUAAAAGAUUAACCAACACAUGGACUAAAAUCGAUAUAACUUUGUGUAUCAGUUUUAGUCCCAAGAUUGCAAUUCUUCUUCAUGUUUUAAUUUUGUUUUCUUAUGUAAUGCUGAUCAAAAUACUGUUCUUGGUUAUUAAUAAAUCAAGUUUCUUCCUUGUUA